GCAUCCCCGUACCCAAACCCUGCACCUCCCCAGCAGCAGAGGGGUCUCCCUGCUCCCCUCCUGCUCCUCACUCCCCUCGCCAUAAAGAGCCUGUGCUCCCCCUGCCCGCACCCCACGGGAGGGAAUUUUCCUCUCUGAGGGAUUUUCCUCUCUGAGGACACGCAGGUGAAGAAGCACAGAUGCUGCUCCUGCAUUUACAGCUGUUGAGUGUGCCCCCAAAGUGUGCUGGUGGGGGGCAGCCCUGGGAAUGGCCUUCACCCCACUGUGUGUGGGGUGUGCCAACCUGGAGAACAACCUCCCCUGAGCCUCCAGUGAGUGGGAAGGACCUGUAAGGUCCUGGGGGGUGAGCAUUGGGGUGGACUGAGCUCCCCAGGGUUGGGACUGAGAGCGGUUCCCUCGCCAUGGGGAGCAGCAGCCUGGCCUGGGGUACAGCAUACUGCUCUGUCACGGCUCUGUGCAGAGGCUGAGCUUUGCUGUGGUGAGCAGGGACUCCCUGAGCCUGUUUGGUGUCAUAGGUACACGUUUCUGACGGGGAUUGCAGCCAUGGCCACAGCAGGGACACCCAGCCCCCCCAGCAUCCCUCUUCACACCAACCGCCUGAUUAAUGAAAAGUCCCCAUACCUCCUGCAGCAUGCCCACAACCCUGUGGAUUGUUGGCUACUCCACCUGCCACUGGUGCCAUGUCAUGGAGGAGGAGUCCUUCAAGAGCAAGGAGAUCGGGGAGAUCAUGAACAAGCACUUUGUGUGCAUCAAAGUGGAUCGUGAGGAGCGGCCAGAUGUGGACAAAGUGUACAUGACCUUUGUGCAGGCCACCAGUGGUGGAGGUGGUUGGCCCAUGAGUGUCUGGCUGACCCCAGACCUCAAGCCCUUUGCUGGGGGGACGUAUUUCCCUCCUGAGGAUGGAGUUCAUCGUGUUGGUUUUCGGACUGUGCUGCUGCGGAUCGCAGAGCAGUGGAAGGAGAACAAAGAUGCCCUGUUGGAGAGCAGCCAGAGGAUUCUGGAAGCACUGCGACACACAUCAGAGAUCCUUGUGCAGGGCCAGGAGUCACCUCCACCAGCCAAAGAGGUGAUGGACACCUGUUUCCAGCAGCUCUCCAGAUCCUAUGAUGAGGACUAUGGUGGCUUUUCCAAAUCCCCCAAGUUCCCCACCCCAGUGAAUUUGAAUUUCCUGUUCACGUACUGGGCCCUGCACCAAACCACUCCAGAAGGUGCCCGGGCACUGCAGAUGGCUCUGCACACCCUCAAGAUGAUGGCCCAUGGGGGCAUCCAUGACCACAUUGGUCAGGGCUUUCACCGCUACUCCACUGACCAGCACUGGCACGUCCCUCACUUUGAGAAGAUGCUCUAUGACCAGGGGCAGCUGGCAGUCAUGUACAGCAGAGCCUUCCAGAUCUCUGGUGAUGAAUUCUUUGCUGAUGUUGUCCGAGACAUUCUACUCUAUGUCUCACGGGACCUGAGUGACCGGGCAGGAGGUUUCUAUAGUGCAGAAGAUGCAGAUUCUUUCCCAACCACCACAUCCGGAAAGAAGCGAGAAGGUGCUUUCUGUGUGUGGGCAGCCAAGGAGCUCCAGGCUCUCCUCCCUGACCCUGUCGAGGGGGCCACAGAGGGGACAACCUUGGCAGAUGUCUUCAUGCACCACUAUGGGGUGGAAGAGGCUGGCAACGUGGACCCCAUGAAGGACCCCCAUCAGGAGCUGAAGGGAAAGAACGUCCUCAUUGCCCACUGCUCCCCGGAGCUGACAGCAGCCCGCUUUGGGCUGAAGCCAGUCCAGCUGAGUGCCCUGCUGCAGGAAUGCCGACACAGACUGUCCUCAGCCCGGGCACAGCGUCCACGGCCACACCUGGACACCAAGAUGCUGGCAGCAUGGAAUGGACUGAUGAUCUCAGGCUUUGCCCAGGCUGGGGCUGCCCUGGCCGAGCAGGAAUACGUGAGCAGGGCUGCACAGGCAGCUGCCUUCCUGAGGACACACCUUUUUGACCCUGGCAGCGGGAGGCUGCUGCGGAGCUGCUACCGGGGCAAGGACAACUCAGUGGAGCAGAGUGCUGUGCCCAUCCAGGGCUUCCUGGAGGACUAUGUCUUUGUCAUCCAGGCACUGUUUGACCUGUAUGAAGCCUCUCUGGAGCAGAGCUGGCUGGAGUGGGCUCUUCAUCUCCAGCACAUGCAAGACAAGCUCUUCUGGGACCCCAAAGGCUUUGCUUAUUUCUCCACUGAGGCAGGCGAUCCCUCCUUGCUCCUGCGUCUCAAGGAUGACCAAGAUGGAGCAGAGCCCACCCCUAACUCUGUCAGUGUCACAAACCUGCUCCGAGCAGCUUGUUACUCUGGUCAUAUGGACUGGGUGGAAAAAGCUGGGAAGAUCUUGGCUGCCUUCUCUGAGAGGCUGCAGAAGAUCCCAAUAACCCUCUCAGAGAUGGCCCGGGCCACUGCUGUCUUCCAUCACACCCUCAAACAGGUCGUCAUCUGUGGGGACCCCCAAGGAGAAGACACCAAAGAGAUGUUGCAGUGCAUCCACUCUGUCUUCAGCCCAAACAAGGUGCUGAUGGUCGCAGAUGGAGACAGCACUGGGUUCCUCUACCGCCAACUGCCUUUCCUCGCAUCCCUGGAGAGGAAGGAUGGGAAAGCCACUGCCUAUAUUUGCAGCAACUUCACCUGCUCCCUGCCUGUCACCUCUGUCCAGGAGCUGCGUGGGAUGCUCAGCUCGUGAGCCCCUCGGUCUUGCUGCCCACGAAAAGGCAAGAGUGGGACAGACUGGCAUGGGAACACUGGAGAACCCCAUAACAGAGCCACCCUGAGCACCAUCCCAGCUGGUUCCCAGGCAGUGCAGUGGGGCUGUGCCUUUCCCCACCUGCAGCAUGUCAGGGGCUGCUUGCACUGCUGCUCCAGCAGCGUCUCAGCACAACUGACUGUGGUCCUGGGUGCUGGUGUUGGUAUGGCCAGGAGACACCCAUGGAGGAGCAUCUCCUGGCCCUGUAUGCACACUUGCUUCUCACCCCUUCUUGCUGAAGAAAAGGAAAACAAAUUAAGUAUAAAUCCCAAUGUUAAUGGAGAAGUCAGAUGGGAAAACUGUUUGGGUUGCUAUAGUAACCCAGGGUAACACUGUCAAAAGCACCUGGAUGACUUGGGAGUCACAUGCCCUUAAAAGUGUUACUGGCUACAACAGCUGUGGUAUUUUUCCAUUACAGAGGAGAUUGUAACAUACAUUAACUUAAUAUAUAGUGCAUGAAAAAAACCUGCUGAUUACAACUGAUGUAAAGUUUAUUCUCCCUUUCCUCUCCUCCUUCCCUCCCUGUUCUCCCUGCUUCCAAAUGGAUGAGUACCAGUUUUUCAGCAUCCCUCUGACACCCUGGGCUCCCCCAGCAUGGCACCUCACCCCAGCUGGCUGUAUGCCAUCAUCUGGCAGCAAAAUGGCACUGCCCACUGGCUUUCUAGUGGGUUGUGCCAGGAUUUGGGGGUCACUAGCCAGGAGAAAUGCCUUUGAAGUCAAAUGGGAAUUUUGCACUUCAUCUGAGUGCUUUCUGUGCUUGUGGAAGAGGAGUGGUUUUGCUUUCUCUCCUCUCUUGGUUUUAAAAGCCUGAAGUGUUUCUGAAAAUCCAGCUGAAAAUUGCUGGUUUGGCAGAUGGCUGCCUGCUUUCUUUUGGGUUUUUUUCCCUUUUUUUUUUAGCUUGGCAUCUCUGCUGUGGGGAUUGAUUUGACACCCAUCAUGCUCAGAGUGAGUUGGUUUCUGUCUGCCAGGAGAUGAUCCUCGGUGAGCAGGGCUGCUGCUGAGUGCCUGUGGGGAAGCCCACACAGAUGCCACAGUGUCCCUGAGGUGGCACAGGGCUGGGGUGACGUGCUGAGCCCGUUUGGGUGCCCACCAGCCCCUCAUGGCACAGACACAGAGUGCUUCCCUCCCAUCCCCUGUCGCUUGUUGGUGUCUCUGCGAGCAGCCCCCAGGCAGAGCUGUGCUGUGAACCUCUGUCAGGAUGAACUGGCUUCACCUCUCAA